CCGCGGGGGCGGAGGGCGACCGCGGCCCGGCCGGGCUGGCAGGCCGGUGGACAGGCGAGAGAACCGGCCCAGCCGGAGGACCGGAGGAGGACGCGACCCAGCGCGUCGGGGAUGUGACCCUGCGGCCAGAGAAGAGGACCGAGGCGGUCCCGGCAUCCACAGGUCCUGUCCCUGGACACCUGGCCUUCAGCCCAGCCUGACUAUGGCGCUGUGCCUGAAGCAGGUGUUCGCCAAGGACAAGACAUUCCGGCCUCGGAAGCGCUUCGAGCCAGGCACACAGCGCUUCGAGCUGUAUAAGAAGGCGCAGGCAUCACUUAAGUCGGGCCUGGACCUGCGCACUGUGGUGAGGCUGCCGCCGGGAGAGAACAUAGACGACUGGAUCGCUGUGCACGUGGUGGACUUCUUCAAUCGCAUCAACCUCAUCUAUGGCACCAUGGCUGAGCGCUGCAGCGAGACCAGCUGCCCGGUCAUGGCCGGAGGGCCCCGCUAUGAGUACCGCUGGCAGGACGAGCGCCAGUACAGGCGGCCCGCCAAGCUCUCGGCGCCCCGCUACAUGGCCUUGCUCAUGGACUGGAUUGAGGGCCUCAUCAAUGACGAAGAUGUCUUUCCCACUCGUGUUGGAGUUCCUUUCCCCAAGAACUUCCAGCAGGUCUGCACCAAGAUCCUGACCCGCCUCUUCCGUGUCUUUGUCCACGUCUACAUCCACCACUUUGACAGCAUCCUCAGCAUGGGGGCCGAGGCACACGUCAACACCUGCUAUAAACACUUCUACUAUUUCAUCCGUGAGUUCAGCCUCGUAGACCAGCGGGAGCUAGAGCCAUUGAGGGAGAUGACAGAGCGGAUCUGUCACUGAGCCCAGGCCUGGAGUUGUUGCCUGUCAGAUGGACCAUGUGAACACAGAGUGGCUGGGGAGAGGACCCUCAGAAGUCUGGUAGCAGAGAAAUCUGAAGUGCCUGGGGCCCCUCCACACACACAGAGCCCCUGAACUUGUGGUUCUCAGGAGUCUGCCCACAUGCUCCUUGACUGCUGAUGAAUGGAGAAGGGGAGAGCUUAAAAAUGGAUGAACAGAAGGGAAAAAGGAACUACAUCUCCACAUGAAGUCUAGGGGUGGGAUUGGCUACAUUUCUUCUCCAAUACUCUUCCAUGGUGGUUCCCUUCCCUCUUUGGGGAAUGUGGAUGUGGUUGAGUGAUAGCAAGAAAGGUACUAGAGACUGAGCAAGCUGUGUGAGUAAACAGAGACGACUCUGCGUGUGUGUGAGUAUAUGUGUGUGUGUAUGUGGUUUUCACCGUGGAGUGUGUCUGUAAGAACUAGCUGCUUUAGACCCACCCUGGAACGUAGUAGGCCCUCCAUAAAUGUUAGGUAAAUGGAUGAAUGGAAGGAAGAAGGAAAUAAAUAGGGAUUGGGACCACCAGACCAUGACCACCAUAGGAGUGAUGACAGGUCAGUCUCCCGACUCUGACUGUGUGUAUAAGUGCACAAAAUGUGAUUGUAGAUGUAGCUCUAUAUUUGAACCUUCAGGCUACCAUCUUCCGUAAGCAUGAGUUCUGGAGAGCUAUAGGGAGUUGAGUAGGGGGUCUUGCCCUGGAUACCUAUACCCCUGGCCCACCACAGACACACAUUCUGAUUUGCUCAGCCAAAGAUGCCUAGGAACUGUCAUUUCACUCAUCCCUCUGCCUCAGGAAAGCCUGAUUAUAGAUAGCCUCUUGAGGCUGGGGGUGAUCCCUCAUAUCCACAAAGGUCCUCUGGUCCUUAAACUGGAAAUCAUACACUCCAAUAUAGCUCCCAGAGUCUAUAGACUUGGCUCUCAGGAUCUGAAGCCCAGCACAAAAAUAAUCCUCCAACCCAAGGAGCCAGUGGAACUUGCAUUGGGGAACUCCAGAGUCUUUUCUCCCAUCCAAGGACACUGAAGAUGUGUUGCUAGUGAAUGGACUCUUCUAGGCUUGGAAAACCCCCAUCCUACAAGGACCUGCCUCCUUCCCAACCAUCCCUGAGACAUUCCAGCUGGUUGGAUAGCUGUCCACAGAGAACCUGUUGAUUUGACACUCCAUUACUCGACACCACCAUGCCCAGCCCUGUGCCCAGAUCCACAGGUGGGGAAACUGAGGUAGAGGGAGGGCCCUCCCCUCCAAGAGCCUCUACCCUGGGAGGCCAGGAUGGAGAGCCAGGAAGGGCCUGAGGAUUAUUCUGAGAAUCAUCUGUGUACCUAGGAGGAAAUGGAAGCCCAGAGGAAAGGAGGGAGAAACUGUCCAAGGCCUGGCAGCAAGGCUUUUGUGGAGCUGAAGUAGAAACCAGAGGUCCUGACUGCCACCUCAGGGCCUGUGGACUGCUACAUAGGGAGGUGAGACGCAUGUGGAAAGGUGGUCUGACAGCCCCUCUCUAGGGCACAACUGUUCCUGCCUUGAGCAAGGACUUCUAGUGAAUUCCAGAGUACUCCACUGCCUCUCAGGUCAGCUGGGGCUGUCUGCUGAGCCAAGCCUCCAAAAUCAUGCCCUUCUCAGUGGCCCAGCAGCUGCCUGAUCUCUGGGGAAGCGUGUGAGGCUCCUGGGGCCAGCCAGCUGGACCUGGGACCGCUGCCUCUGGAGAAGUUCCCAAGGGAAACACUGACCCAGCUGCUUUGCUGGAUGCUCUGGGCUGGGGUAGGAUCCAGGGACCAGAGACUCCCUCAAGGAGGACUGAGAACUGGAAGAUGGGUUCUAAGCCGUGGCCAGUGCUGACUGCAGAGGGGGUGGGGAGACGGGAAAUCUAUUUUUGUGAAACAGAGGGAAGACUUUAUUAUUGUUAUUUUUUGGUAAAAUAAAGGAGGCAAACUAAAGCA